CUUCUGCAGUUUUUAGGGGCCUACAAGAAACCAAAACAAGCUACAUGCAGCGAGGCUUUGCUGUUUUAUCAUUCUGUUUGCAUUAUACUCGGAUCGGGUGAAGCUCAUCGAGUGAUCGAGAGAUAAUAAUCACUUUUCAUCGAUAAUGCAGACGCGAGUCUCCAGAUGAAGCUGUCGCGCGCGGACCACGCUUAGGGAGCGUCUUUAAAGAGAUGUGCUAGGAAAUAAACGUGGAGGUGCGUAGCAACGGUCCACAGUGAAGGAUGCCUGCAGUAGACAGCCACCAUGCACAGCGUGUUCUGUCCUCCCUGAACCAGCAGAGGGUUGUAGGCAGGUUUUGUGAUGCAGCGUUGAACGUGGGAGGCGGGGUGAUCUACCUCGCCCAUCGCAACAUCCUCGCCUGUUUCAGCGAAUUGUUCCAGCGGUCCAACGUGUCCACCUCCCCCAGCAGCAUGGAGCUCUGCCUGCAGGGCUGUCCCGACGAUGGCCUGGAGCUGCUGCUGAACUUUGUCUACACCGGAGAGCUCAAGCUGGGCCCUGACAACCUGGAGAAGGUGCAGCAUGCAGCGACCAGCCUGUGUGUACCAGAGGCCCUCAGACUCUGUCAGCAGUUCAAGGAAACCUCUGUGGAUCCUGUACCUGUGAAGCGUAAACGAGGCAGACCGAGGAAGUCUGCAUCGGAUACAAACUCAGUCAAAGAGGAGAACUCGGUUACAGUCGCUAAAGAUGACUCUGGUAUUGAUACAGCCGGUCUGACUACAGCUGUCGCCACUACAACACGCUCUGGUCGUUUAGUUAAGGGUCCCAAGCGACUAGUGACUGUUGACAACACAAAUGUUCCUGUGGAGAAAGAAAGUGGCAAUGCUGUUGUGGAGAACCAAAACCCCUAUCAGCCAUCUGGUGAAACUGAGGUAACACAACUACAGAUUGACAUAAACAACAGCGGUGUUGGCCAGGUAACUGUAGAAGAAGAAGAUGAUGAUAAUGUGGGAGAUUUUGAGGGCAUCACUGAGGACACAGAUGAGGAAUACGUCCCCGUUACCAAGCCAGCUUCUUCACCUCCGUCCACGUCGACGGCACAGAAGCGCAAGAGUAAAACAAACAAAAACAAGAAUGGUGAGGCUGUGGAGGAAGACUCGAACAAGGACUCGGUGCAGUGUCCCACCUGCGACAAAUCCUUUAAAAGCAAAUACUACCUCAAAGUCCACAACAGGCGGCAUACAGGAGAGAGGCCCUUUGGUUGCCUGAAAUGCGGGAAGAGGUACUUCAGGAAGGAGAAUCUUUUAAUACAUGAGAUGAGAGAUUGUGCAAGAAUGCAGACGUACACCUGCUUGUCAUGCUCCUCAACAUUUAAUGCGAAAGAAGACCUACGUCUGCAUGUUGUCUCCCACACAGGAGAUAUGCCUCACAAGUGUUCGACAUGUCCUGAGCAGUUUAUGUACAAGAAAAACUUGACACUUCACAUGAUGAAGGUCCACGGUUAUCCUAGACCACAUGCAUGUACCCAGUGCCCAAAAACCUUCAUGACUCGGACGGAGCUGCGUGUGCAUGAAGCUGCCAAACAUCGAGGUGAAAAGCCAUUUGUGUGUGAGGAGUGUGGCCAUCGUGCGUCUAGUCGAAACGGCCUGCAGAUGCAUAUCAAAGCCAUUCACAGAAAUGAGCGCCCUUUUGUAUGUAACCUCUGUGGCCACGCCUUCUCCCAGAAGAACAACCUCAACAUGCAUCUGCGGAUACACAGUGGGGAGAGGCCUUACCAGUGUCACCUCUGUGGGAAAACCUUCAGGACGCAAGCCAGUCUGGAUAAACACCACCGGACACACACCGGCGAGCGUCCCUUCAGCUGUGACGUGUGUGAGCAGCGCUUCACAGAGAAAGGGGCCCUCGUCCGUCACAAGGCCAGCAAGCACGAGGAAGGCCGCCCUCACUGCUGUGACAUAUGUGGCAAAACCUUCAAAGCGAGGGAGCAGCUCCGUGUCCAUCUGCGUCGCCAUAAAGGCAUGAGGAAGUUUGAGUGCGUCGACUGCGGCUACAAGUUCACUCGACAGGCACAUCUGAGACGACACAUUCAGAUCCACAAACGCACCGAGAACUACAACCCACGGCAGAGGAAGCUCAGGAACGUGGUGGUGCAGGAAGUGGACGUAAGCUCAGGAGAGAAUGAAGCUGCUAAAUCGGCGGAAGCCUCUCUGAUCACUGACGAGACGGGUUACGUCCCAGAGACAACCAUCGUCCAGGAGUCUACAAACCCAGAGUCUGACCCCUCGACGGGCCUCGCCUCUGGCUGCAUAGUGCGGGUGGUGAUCGAGUCGAGUGAGGCGGUGAUGGAGGAGGCGGUGUCCAACCAGAACCUUCGUCAUGAUGUCGAGACCGUAGACAGUUUCUCUGUGCCGGAGGUGUUGCAGCGAACACAGCUGGUCACCGAGGCGUACCAGACAAUAAACAUGGAGGCAAUCGCUGAGAAUUUAUCAGUGAGUAAGACCUAAAGGCUGACAGAAAAGAGACUUCCUUUCUUAUUUACUUCUGGUACUAACAUGUUUCAGAUUGUGGGACUGAUGUUUUUCUGCAGAACUCUGCCUGAGAUCCGAACAUAAUUCAGAUACAGACUGCAAGUUUGUUAAUAGUGGGUGUAAACUGUGUAUGAAUAUGAUAAGGGAUGAUGAGGCCUAAAAUGUGGCCUUAUAGAACUGAAUGCAGAAAAACUGCAAGAAUCAGCUGUAGUCGAGUUUUUGCACAUGCAAGGAAUUUGAAAUAACUGUCAUAAAAUCAGUAGUUUAUAUACAAUAAAUAAGCUGCAUGUU